AUGAAUGAAGAAAAUAUUGUUUCAAUUCAAUCACAAGUAUUUGAUGGUUUUUGUGGAAAUAACGUUGCUAGUUUUGUUCUAAGAAGAAGAGGGCAUGUUCCUAAGAUAUUGAAUACUGUUCAAUAUUAUUCUAAAUUUAGGCAUAUUGGUGUAGAAAUAAGAAAUGAAGAAUUAAAAGCUAUUUUAAAUGAAUAUACUAAGAGUAUAGGAAAUUUAGAUAAUAAUAAUAUAUAUUUUCUAACAGGAUAUAUUAGGACAAAAGAAUGUGCUGAAAUAGUUAUCAAUAAUAUUUUAGAGUUGAAAAAAAAAAAAAAUAUAUGUGUAAAUGAAAAAGCAAUAAAAAAGGAUAACUAUUUAAUUGAAAACUUAAUAGACUUAAAUUUUUUUUGGCUCUGUGAUCCUGUAAUGGGAGACAAUGGAAAAUUAUAUGUUGAUAAUAAUGUAGUUAAUGCUUAUAAAAGUUUUAUUUCCUUUGCUGAUAUAAUAACACCAAACCAAUAUGAGUUAGAAUUAUUAUGCAAUACGAAAAUAUCUGAUGAAAAUGAUGUUAUUAAUUCUUUAAAAUAUUUGUUAUAUAAAGGAGUAAAAAUAGUCAUAGUAACUUCUAUUAAUUAUGCUUUUGAUAAAGAUAAUUUAUAUUUAUAUAUUGGAUUUUUAAAUGAUGAAAAUAAACCAGUUUGCUUUAAAUAUAAGUUUUUAAGAUUUGAUUUUAAUAUAUGUGGGACUGGUGAUUUGUUUUCCUCUUUAUUAUUAUCUUUUAUAAUCAGGCAAAAAGGAAAUAUUCUUUUAAUUAUUUCACAAGUUUUAAAUAUAUUACACAAAGUUGUAAAAGGCAGUUUAAAUUCGGUAGAAUUACUUAUAAUAGAAAAUCAAGAUAUAAUAGCGAGUAAUGGGCUAAAUGGAACUGUAAUUAAGGAAGAAUGUGUUUUUAUUCCUUAA